AUGUCGCUAAUUCCAUUGCUCCGUGAACUCGAUGACACCUUCAGCGAAGUUGAAGAUUUCUUGGAGGCACCAUUUGGUCUUGGCAUACAUCCAGUGGACAUCUUUAGACCUCGUCAUCGUUCUCUGAUGUUGCAUCCACGUAACCGCUACUGCCCAUACAUUGCCAGAUAUGGUCGUCCACGCAAAGAAUCCUCUUCGGAAAAGUCAGAGCUAAUUCCCACUGUAGGCAAGGAUGGUUUCCAAGUGUGCAUGGACGUAUCCCAGUUCACACCAAAUGAAUUGACGGUCAAAACUGUGGACAGAAUGGUGGUUGUUGAAGGAAAACACGAGGAACGUGAAGAUGAGCAUGGUUUUGUUCAACGGCACUUCAUUCGCAAAUAUUCACUGCCCAAAGGUUACGAUCCCAAAGAUGUCGUCUCCACAAUAUCGUCCGAUGGUGUGUUGACCGUUAAGGCACCGCCACCAGCAAUCAAGGGUAAAAACAACAACGAACGUAUUGUACAAAUCCAGCAGACUGGACCAGCACAUUUGAAUGUUAAGCAGCCGGAACAGCUGAAGAAAGGCGAUGAAUCUACAGAGAAAAUGGAAACCAAAUAA